AUGUCGGAUUCGGAAGGUGGCAGCGAUGCGGGAAGCAUCGGAGGAAGAUCUCGUAGCGUCUCUCGCAGCAGGAGUCCCUCGCGGAGCUCGGCAUCCAGAAGUCCGUCCAGAUCUCGAUCGCGUUCCCGAUCGCCAUCUGGCUCUGAAGAUGGAGACACUAAGGCAGAUGAGGCAGAGGAAGUCAGAUCAGGAGAUGAAGAAGCCGUGGAACCAGAAGAAGAACCUGAAGGGGAAGACUUGAAUAGCAGUGAAUAUGAUGAGGAAGAAGAUGAAGAGGAUGAUGACAGACCGAGAAAGAAGAAGAAGAAAGAUAGAUUUGGUGGCUUUAUUAUAGACGAAGCUGAAGUAGAUGAUGAAGUUGAGGAUGACGAAGAAUGGGAAGAAGGUGCUCAAGAAAUUGGUAUUGUAGGAAAUGAGGUUGACGAAGUAGGACCAACAGCGCGUGACAUUGAAGGACGAAGGAGAGGUACAAAUCUUUGGGAUUCACAGAAAGAAGAUGAAAUUGAGGAAUAUCUCCGGAAAAAAUAUGCCGACGAAUCGCUCGCUGCUCGUCAUUUUGGCGAUGGCGGUGAAGAGAUGAGUGACGAAAUUACUCAGCAAACCUUGUUGCCUGGCGUGAAAGAUCCCAAUUUAUGGAUGGUAAAAUGUCGUAUAGGAGAAGAAAAAGCUACUGUACUCUUAUUGAUGCGAAAAUUUAUCACGUAUCAAUUUUCAAGUGAACCUCUUCAGAUAAAAUCUGUUGUGGCACCAGAAGGUGUUAAAGGAUAUAUUUACAUAGAAGCUUACAAGCAACCGCAUGUAAAAGCUGCUAUCGAAAACGUUGGGAAUCUUAGGAUGGGUAUUUGGAAACAACAAAUGGUACCGAUUAAAGAAAUGACGGAUGUCCUGCGAGUAGUUAAAGAGCAGACCGGCUUAAAAGCUAAACAAUGGGUCCGUUUAAAACGAGGCAUUUAUAAAGAUGAUAUAGCUCAAGUUGAUUAUGUCGACUUAGCACAGAAUCAAGUUCACUUGAAGUUACUUCCAAGAAUUGAUUACACUAGACCACGCGGAGCAUUGAGAACAGCACAAAGCGAAUCUGAAGCAUUGAAACGCAAGAAGAAAAGACGACCACCAGCAAAACCAUUUGAUCCUGAAGCAAUUCGUGCUAUUGGCGGAGAAGUUACCAGCGAUGGAGAUUUCCUUAUUUUCGAAGGAAAUAGAUAUAGCCGUAAAGGUUUUCUUUAUAAAAAUUUCACCACAAGUGCUAUUAUCGCGGAAGGUGUUAAACCUACACUCUCCGAAUUAGAGAGAUUUGAGGAAGCGCCAGAAGGUGUAGAAAUAGAUUUAAGUGGUACACCAGGAACUGGAACUUCUGGGAAAGAAGAUCAAGCUGUAGCGCAUUCCUUUAGUAACGGAGAUAACGUAGAAGUUUGUGAGGGUGAAUUGAUAAAUCUACAAGGAAAGAUUGUUUCUAUAGAUGGAAACAUGAUCAUGGUUAUGCCAAAACAUGAAGAACUUAAAGAAGCUUUGGAAUUUCAAGCUUCAGAGUUGAGAAAAUAUUUCACACAAGGAGAUCACGUCAAAGUUGUAGCCGGAAGAUAUGAAGGCGAUACAGGUUUAAUUGUUAGAGUAGAGCAAAAUAGAGUAGUUUUAUUCUCAGAUUUGUCAAUGCACGAACUUGAGGUUCUCCCGAGGGAUCUACAAUUGUGUUCUGACAUGGCUACCGGCGUGGAUAGCUUAGGACAAUUCCAAUGGGGUGAUUUGGUGCAGCUUGAUGCGCAAACAGUCGGUGUUAUCGUCCGAUUGGAACGUGAGAAUUUUCACGUACUCUCUAUGCACGGAAAAGUAGUGGAGGCGAGACCGCAAGGUCUUACGAAGCGCCGAGAAAAUAGAAACGCGGUCGCUUUAGACUCGCAACAGAACACCAUACAGAAGAAAGACAUCGUUAAAGUGGUUGAUGGGCCACACGCAGGUCGAGGCGGUGAAAUUAAACAUCUGUAUAGAAGUUUUGCUUUUCUACACUCGAGAAUGUUCGUCGACAACGGUGGAAUAUUCGUAUGCAAAACUAGGCAUUUACAGCUGUCCGGUGGAAAUAAAACAACGUCUAUCAAUUCCAUGUCACCAGUGACAGGUUUUAUGUCACCUAGAAUUGCCUCUCCAAUGCAUCCCAGCGGAGGUGGUUUUGGACGAGGCGGUGGUGGCGGUGGAAGAGGCAGAGGUCGUGGCGGUGGCGGUGGUGCGAGACGUGAUAGGGAAUUAAUUGGAACCACCAUUAAGAUAACAGGUGGACCAUACAAGGGAAAUGUAGGUAUUGUAAAAGAUGCGACAGAGACAACAGCCCGUGUAGAACUGCAUUCCACGUGUCAGACGAUCUCCGUCGAUCGAUCUCAUAUAGCAAACGUCGGCGUCCCGACAAAAGACGGUGGCUUCAGCAGUUACAACAGAACUCCAGCUUAUGGAGCCGGUGGACAGACGCCGAUGUAUGCGAGAGACGGAUCAAAAACACCAAUGCACGGUUCUCAAACACCUAUGUACGAAAAUGGCUCUCGCACUCCUCAUUACGGUUCAAUGACGCCGUCUCACGAUGGUUCGCGUACACCAGGGCAAUCUGGAGCCUGGGAUCCAUCAGUUACUAAUACUCCUGCAAGAACAAACGAUUUUGAUGGCUAUAGCAUGGAGGAAGGUGGCUCGCCCGGUUAUGGACCUGGAUAUCCUCCUACUGGAGGUCCGUUUACUCCACAAACACCGGGUACUAUGUAUGGUUCAGAACAAAGUUUCAGUUCGUAUCAACCGAGUCCUAGUCCUGGGGGCAGUGCUACUGCAAGUCCGAGUCCUGCAGGCUACGUUGCUACUCCAUCUCCUAGUGGUACUGGUUAUACUACUAGUCCUCACGGAGCAUUUGCGACUCCUUCUCCGAUGGGUUACAGUCCUAUGACACCUGGGGUACCAGGUAGUCCAUAUAAUCCGCAAACACCAGGUUCAGGAUUGGAUGCAGUUGGUUCUGGUAUCAUAGGUAGCUCAGAAUGGCAUACAACAGAUAUUGAAGUACGUAUUCGCGACUCUCACGACGAUCCUGCGCUCGCUGGACAACAAGCUGUUAUCCGAGGAAUUUCUGGCGGCAUGUGCACCAUUUAUCUACCUACCGAAGAUCGAGUUGUAAAUCUCGUAUGUGAACAAUUGGAGCCUGUGGUACCGUCACGUGGCGAUCGAGUCAAAGUGAUUCUAGGUGAAGAUCGCGAAGCCGUCGGCACUUUACUUUCGAUCGAUAAUCAAGAGGGAGUGGUAAAACUCAAUACGGACGAAAUUAAAUUCCUGCAAUUACGAUUUUUGUGUAAAAUGAAAGCACCGAAUACGUAAUUUUGUACAAUUUUAUUACAUGGUUACGAUAAUUUGAGUGAAAAUGAUGUUAUAAUCAUUGAUAAUAUCUCUUAUUUUACAAUAUUUACUAUAUCUCUUAUGUAUAUUAGAUGUUUAAUAUAUAUCUGACACAGUAAAAAUAAAAAAUAAAUAUCUGUAUCUUUUUCUUUUAUUUUACAUUAUAUGUAGCAAUAUAGUAAAAAGAAAAUAUUGUUUUUGACUCUUGAUUAUUACUGUCGCGCUUACAACUUGAUUAUCAAAUUGAUUAUCAAACUUUGAUAUAAUAAUUUUACAAUACAUGUAAAUUGAUACAUUGUACAAUAUUAUGCGUUAUAAUUAUAGAUUACUUAUGUGUGUGAUUGAACAAAUAUAUUUGACACUACAA